AGACAAUCUGCGGAACAAUGAACGCCGCAGCACUCAGCAUCCACCGUCAAGUCAACUCUCGCCCGGCUGAUAAUAAUAAUAAAGAGCAACCAGCGAGUCAAAUGGAUUGCUUGCUGCCCUCUCCAUAUUGUUUCCCUUGAUGAGCUGUUCUUUCGGAGCAGCGCAUCAAGCUGGGCACCUUUUUCGUCGUAGGGAUGCAGUUCCCUAAACUUACCCCCUUACAAUCACGCUUCGCCGCCACUUUGGCUGCCACUAUUCUGCUUGUCAUCCUCUACUAUGUUUUGUUCACAGACCUAGGCAGCUUCGCAUACGCUCUCGAAAUACGUCCGGUAGACCCAAAGGUCGCUGAUUAUCCGUUGCUCAUUGAGGGAAGAAAGGCCGCGCAUGACGAUGAUGGUGAUGAUGGCACGAUCCCAGGGAAAAUUGCUGCUCGUGACACCCCUGCACCCCAAGCGCUGGUUAACAAUCAGUUCAAACAAUCAAACAUAAACCUGGGCGAAACCCAGUAUUGGACAUUUCCCAAAAGUGCCGUGACUGCCCCGAGAUCAGCAACGCCAACCGGACUUCCUGCCAACGUUACCGCUACAGACCCGUCAUCAGCGAGUGGAGUGGUAAUGAAUCACGAACUCAAAAAGCGAGAAAAUACAGUCUAUAUUUCUUUGAAUACCUGUUUGGGACCGAGUCUUAAUAGCACAAACGUCGAUCCCUUGAGUGCGGCAAUACCCCCCUUGACCGUUUACAUAUCAACGUCCGAGAAUAACAAGGCGCCCGGCCCUGGUAAAAGUAGUGACGAACAAGCCGAGUAUAUAGCGGAACAAGGCUAUAUGGGAGCGAGUUUUUCUGCCGAGAGUGAUGUCUACGUCUCAGUGGCGGCACCUAAUUCGACGCUCUUCUCCGGAGUGUACAAUUAUGAUCUUGCAGCAUCAAUUGAUGCUUAUUUCCACUCUGUUGAUGAUGAUACUACGAACCUCUAUUUUGUCGACUCAGACACAACUUCUGCUUUGUUGAUCACAGACAAUGUAACCCAGUCAUCUCCGGACUCGCCGAAUUAUCAGCAGUGGAUGAACAUAACACCUCCAUACACUAUGUUUGCGCAUAAUAUCAACAAUUCUGCCAUAUUCGGGUUAGAAAGAUCAUACUGCGCUCUCAGCUUGUCGGCUCAGAUACGACCGGGAAACAACGCAAUUAACACAUCGAUGACUAGUCGAGGGCUAGGAAACAAACCCAAGGAGCAGUUUAAGAUCACCUACUUAAACAGCAGCUCUACUUAUUAUGGAAUUCUUGGUAUGUAUGGCAACUCUACAGCUAGUGGAAUUGAUGUGAUUGGUGGGGGUGGAAAAGUUUGGAGAGCGAUGAACUUCACUACAAAAGCCGACAGUAAUUGCGCUCUUCUUUAUAAUCUGGAUUUUUGUUCUCAGGUUGCUUAUGCAGUACCCUCCAACCCAUCAAUCGACCUUACGACCUUGGCGCACAUGUACGAUUCAAAUGCCCAGAGUUACUACCAGAAUUUCACAAACUCUCUGUCUUUGAUCCCGUGCAAUACAUCAUCAAUAUCCAUGUAUUCUCUUGCAGUCGGCUGCCCCGAUUGCGCGUCAGCAUACAAACAAUGGCUUUGCGCCGUCACGAUUCCGCGAUGCUACGACUACUCUAGCAAUUUCUCCUUCCUUCAGCCUCGAAACGCAGGGCAGGCAUUCCUGAACGGGACCACGCUUCCCGCCGAUGACCCCUUAGUAUUAUCACCAGUCACAAAUGCAUCUCGCAAUCCCCUCAUCGAUAGUCAGAUCAAGCCGGGUCCGUACAAGGAGAUUCUCCCCUGUCACGACCUGUGCAAUGAUCUCGUUCGCACUUGUCCUUCUGCCUUGGGCUUCCAAUGCCCCACGGGCCAAUAUCUCAAUGAUUCAUAUGGCUACCGGGCAUCGAACGGCGAUAUUACAUGCAGCUAUCUCGGUGCGGCGUACUACUUGAAUAGCAGUCCGAUGAAACUCGCGGCAAAUUUCUCAUUUGAGAUAUUCCUUGGUUUCUGCGUUCUUUGGCUAGCAUCAUCGUUAUUUUACUAAUCUUUGACCAUGUAUAUUUUCAACGACUAUUUCAAUGCCCACGUUUUUACUCUUUUAGUGUCAUUUUGUUGUGCAAAGCCAGUUUUACCAUAUAUUUUGAUUCAUUUGUUGCAUUUCAUCAGCGUUAGUUUAGUUGGAUUGGGACUGCAUCUGUUUACGAUUGAUACCCUCAAUUAAAAUCUUUAUCAAAAUC